GCCAAGUCUUCCACGGUGGCUCCUCAUCUUACGUGGCAACGCGUCAAGCGACCGCGAGACACCGAGCACAAAGAGACAGAAUAUUAAAUAAAACACAUCAGCGCAUUUUCUUCAUCCUUUCGCUUGCUGGUGGGCUUAAGUUCAUCUUUUAAAUCAUCAUGGGUUUGACCAUCUCGUCGCUCUUUGGGAGACUUUUCGGCAAGAAACAGAUGAGGAUACUGAUGGUGGGUUUGGACGCUGCUGGUAAAACCACAAUACUUUACAAGCUAAAGCUGGGAGAAAUUGUCACCACCAUCCCUACUAUAGGUUUUAAUGUAGAGACUGUUGAAUACAAGAACAUCUGCUUCACUGUGUGGGACGUCGGCGGUCAGGACAAGAUUCGUCCUCUCUGGAGACACUAUUUUCAGAACACACAGGGUUUGAUCUUUGUGGUGGACAGCAAUGACAGAGAGAGAGUAGCAGAAUCUGCUGAGGAGCUUUCUAAAAUGUUGCAGGAAGAUGAACUUAGGGACGCCGUGCUUCUGGUUUUUGCAAACAAACAGGAUCUGCCCAACGCCAUGGCUGUCAGUGAACUCACAGACAAACUCGGCCUGCAGAGCCUACGCAGCAGAACGUGGUACGUUCAAGCGACCUGCGCAACACAGGGCACUGGACUCUAUGAAGGACUGGACUGGUUAUCAAAUGAGCUCUCCAAACGCUAGUGCGUGCCUGUUAGGGUCCCAGAUGUGUGUGAACUUUAGAAAGACGGAGUGUGUCUAUUGAUCGACUCUGUCUUGAAGAACUUGUGUGAAUGUGUGUGUAUGUGUGGAGGAGCUAUCAAGUGUUCAGCAUCAUGUCUAAUCUGUCUUUUUUCUAUGCUGUAUUCCUACUAAUGUUCUUUUAAUUUAGUUUCUCCUUACAAAUCUGAUCGUUUUCAUGACUGUAAGAUAAUGCUUAAAUUGCACGUUUACUUGAUAACUGUGAGAGCAUUAAGGCACAAAGGGGAGGAAUUCCAGCUCGGGGCGUCCCUCUCAUGCAAGUCUGGAGUAUUUGUAGCUUAAAAACGAACGAUAGGAGUGAGUAAAUGCCAGGAAGAAGCCGUUGUGCAUUGACGCUCACUUCGAGAUCCCGGUUGCAGUGCUGCCUAAUUUGACUAGCCAAUCACAGGACUCGCCGCCCCGUGAACAUUCCUUUUCAUGGCAGUUCAUUUUAUUCCAGGAGCUACAUGCUAACUUUUGUUGCAGGGACACCUUUGAGAAGUGACAACAGAAUGGUACAUGAAGUACUGAUAGCAAUAUGGAGUCAUCCAUUGAUUAGCCCAAUGUUCCUCGAUGUGAAAUCCCUCCAUUGAACAACAUGUAAGUAAAUGUUUUAGUUGAAAGCAUUUUUGAACGGAUCAUAUUACCUUGCUUGAUUUUUGGACAUGGUGGAUUGGACAGGGAUGAAUAGUUUCUUUUUUUUCAGCUUUCUCCAUGUUUCUUUUCAUGUCAAACAGAUGCGUGUAUGUAUUUGUGCUGGCGCCUUUUAAUAUCAGCGAUCGAGGUGCAUUCGGUGAGAAUUUUGUAUCGGACACUCCAGUAAAACAACAAAACGAUACGGUCCUCGUUUCCUGAGCAGGACUUUCUGAUCUUGUACACUUCCCUACUGCGGCUAAUGCCCUACUCUUGCUCGAACUGUGCCACAAGGUCCACCCCUGUGAGAAAAUAAAGAUCUGGUAAAAACCCAAA